AUGGCUAUACAUCGAAAUAUCGCCUAUAAAAAUCGAUAUGUUAAACAGAAGCUGAAUGAUUGGAGAAAGCAAAACGGAAUACUGGAAGCUGAACAAUUGUUGAAGGAUAUAAAUGGUAUUAACAAUACGACGCAGGUGAAGACGAAAGAUUUGGAAAUCCCACGGAAAGCCUUACAUUCUAGUAUAGGAUUCAUAACAUUAUAUUUAUAUCCAACUACCGAUCCAAUUCUAGUUCGUAACUCUCUACUUGUUGUAUUUACAAUAGUAUUGACUGCGGACUUAUUGCGAUUUAAUAAUGCCACGUUUAAUGAGCUCUAUAUCAAAGUAAUGGGUUUUUUGAUGCGAGAAAAAGAGAAAAAACAUAAGAUCAACGGCGUUGUAUUUUAUCUCGCUGGAUGUAUCGGCGUUUUAUCAAUAUUUCCGAAGGACAUCGCUGCUAUGUCAAUACUAAUUCUAUCGUGGUGUGACACCGCCGCUUCUUUCUUUGGCAGAAAGUAUGGUCAUUACACUUAUAGGUUUAGUAACGGUAAAUCUUUGGCAGGUACACUUGGAGCAAUAGCAAUCGGAUCUCUAGCAGCAUUGAUGUUUUGGGGAGUAGUUACAAGGCAAGAUCAAUCGAAUCUGACAAUCAACGAAAGAAGCUGGAUACCUGAGAGAAGCGCAUUUCCAUUGUUAUUACUAGCAUUAUUGAACGGAAUAAUUGGGGGAGUUAGUGAACUAAUAGAUUUAUGGGAAUUAGAUGAUAAUCUUGUCAUACCUCUGGCAGCGGGAAGCUUUUUGUGGAUGUUAUUGAGAGGACUGGGUUUAGGGAUUGGUGAGAGUUGGAUUUCUUCAUUCUUAUAA